GUUUUUCUUUUAUUGUUCUUCUGUGAACCGUGGUGGAGACAUGGAUGUUAGUGUAAAUUCCUAUUGUACCGUGUUGGAUAAAACAAGCCAAUCUAAAUUCCUUUGUUACACUCGCAGGAAAGACGGAAUGCUUAGUGUGUGUUUUAACUGACAGUGGAAGUCUGAUGGGGAGCGCAUUAGUUUCAUCACACAUGCGCACUAAAACGGGUUUCAUCGUGUGCUGUAGUCUGACAGAUGCUGCAAAUGUCUGGAGUGUGGAGUACACUAAGGACAGCCUGAAGCACCUUGGUCAGCGGUUUGCCUUAAAAUCUACAGAGGAUUAUGUCUUGAAACUCAGGGCAUUCUGCAAUAGUGGAGAUGUGUCAGUUGCCGUGCAUGAGGUUGGUGCAGAGCUGCAUUUGGGAUCCAGUCCAGAAGACCUGAGUAUAACCCUGUCCAGACUGGAAGGGCCACAGGCCACAGACAAGUUGAAGGAGCUGCUGUUCACGAUGGCUGACAGCCUCACACAGCUUGACAGUGGCCCCUCAAAUGGACCCCCCUCAGCCAGUCCAGUGAAAAAUUACCAAAGACGGCCCACAGAAUUUGAGCCCUGGCAGCAGCAGAACAGUGCUCCAGCAAUGACCAUGAAGAAAAGACUUCCGGGGUCCUCACUCAUCAACCCAGGGGUUAAAAAAAAGCAGCAAGCGACUGGCGUUGCCUUUGAUGAUGCAGAUGAAGACUGAUAGUCCUCCUUGUACUCAUAGUCCUGCUGCGUAGCCAGAGAUGAAUGAUCUUUUAAUCCGCUAACAGAACAUGAAAACCUCAGUGCAUAUUUAUGGGAUCAAAGCUUAAACUUGAACUGCUUUUUAUGAAACACUGACUUUUUAUGCUGUAUAAUGGUUGUCUCCAAUAAAUGAUUGAAUGAUAAUUUGUAAUAAAAUAACAUAAGAAACACA